UACAAUAUUUUUACUGCUGCACCCAGAAGUUUUUACUCUAUAAACCAAUAUGUAUUCCAACAGUGAUUCGCAUUGGAGGAAUUUAUUUGACCUGACAUGUUUUAAAACCCACUCUUAAUGCAAAUGUCACUUAAAUAUGAACAUAAAUGAAUCAUUGUUAAUGUUUAGACAAUUAUCUUUCAUAUAUCAUGAAUACAGGUUAUUGACACUUUUCUACUAUUAUGUUGGGGACUUUUAUUUGGAAAAUUGCCCAAAUUUCGUGACCCGGAAGUACUUUAUUAUGUUGCUGAUGGAAUUUCCUUCCAAACAUGGUUCGUAGAUUGAUGUAGUCUCGUUAGACACGCCGCAAUUGUGUAAUUAUCCGACCUUCUUGGUCUAAUCUUGAUUGUUUAGGCUCAUACCGAGUACAACAAUGUUUGCAGUCAGGAGUGCAUUGCGCCUGGGCUCAAGAAUCAGUAAGGUUUCAAGACGAGGAUGCGCUGCUGGUCUUCCAGUGGAUGAUGUCGUCAACGGGCUUACUGAGGAGCAAAUACAGCUCCGACAGACAGUCCGGAGGUUCCUAGCAGAGAAGCUGGCACCCAUUGCUGAUGAGAUUGACAAGAGCAAUGAAUUUGUUGGGAUGAGGGACUAUUGGAAGGACAUGGGCGACAUGGGACUUCUGGGUAUCACUGCCCCACUGGAUUAUGGCGGUUCAGGAUUGGGUUACCUAGAUCAUGUUAUUGUACUGGAAGAAAUGUCGCGAGUGUCAGCAGCCGUCUCCCUCAGCUACGGGGCCCACUCAAAUCUUUGUGUCAAUCAGAUGGUGCGCCAUGGCAACACGAAGCAGAAGGAAAAGUACAUGCCAAAGCUCAUGACAGGAGAGCACGUGGGUGCUUUGGCAAGGAGUGAGCCCAACGCCGGAUCCGAUGUGGUGUCUAUGAAACUGAAGGCCAAGAAAGAAGGUGACCACUACAUUCUUAACGGCGGCAAGUUCUGGAUUACUAACGGGCCGGAUGCUGACGUUCUCAUUGUGUACGCUAAGACAGACCCAGAGGCUCACCAAAAGGGUAUCACAGCUUUCAUUGUGGAGAAGGGUACACCAGGGUUUAGCACGGCACAGAAGCUGGAUAAACUGGGUAUGAGGGGCUCCAACACCUGUGAACUUAUCUUUGAGGACUGCAAGAUUCCAGAGGAAAAUAUCUUGGGCCCUCUCAACAAGGGUGUCUAUGUAAUGAUGAGUGGACUGGACCUGGAGAGACUUGUGCUCGCGUCAGGACCUAUCGGCAUUAUGCAAGCUGUGAUGGAUUUCGCCGUUCCUUACCUCCACAUGAGAGAAGCUUUUGGACAGAAGAUUGGACACUUCCAGUUGAUGCAAGCAAAGAUGGCCGACAUGUACACACGCCUGGGCGCCUGUCGACAGUAUUUGUAUAAUGUGGCGCGAGCCUGUGACAAGGGACACUUCAGUUCCAUGGACUGUGCUGGGGUCAUCCUUUAUUGUGCUGAGAACGCAACUCAAGUCGCUCUGGAUGGAAUUCAGUGCCUGGGUGGAAAUGGCUACAUUAAUGAUUACCCCAUGGGCCGUUUCCUGAGAGAUGCCAAGUUGUACGAGAUUGGAGCAGGCACCAGCGAGGUGCGCAGGCUCAUCAUUGGUCGAGCCUUCAACGCCAUGUACAAGUAGACUUCGAAGGCUGAAGUACAGUACAUACACAGACGGACUCGAUCACUACACACCCUUACACAGGCCUUACAUGAAAAAACACUAUUAGAAAAGACAAUGUCCUAUGGUUUCAGUGUAUGAUAAUUAGAGCUUUAUUGGGCUGCUGCCAAACAUAUAGACCACUCAACAUAUCUAAAAACUGGCGGAAGAGAUCCAAGUCCACACCAGACAAAUCAUCCAUCUUGGAACAUGAACCGUUGGUGCUAAUCUUGAAUAGAAAUGUUUUGAUUAUUUCUUAGCUUUUGUGGCAUUUUACCUUGAAUAUGGGGUACAUUGAUUCUACACUGCAGUGAAAUGCCCUUAGUCUGUCUAAAUAGUGGAUUAAUGUAGUAGUCUCUGUUGAAGCAGUGAACCAUCUAGGACGCUCUGUUAUGCAAACAGUUAUCUUGCAAGCAGCAGCAUUUCAAUCAUGACAAAUUUAAGAUUAAUAUAUCCCCUUUCCGUUACUGAGUGUUUGCCUUCCAUUGGUGUUUCCUGGGUACAUAGCCAUGCACACAAGUGGAUGCAAUUAACAAUUUUAAAACAUAA